UAGGGUGCGCAGGGGAGCGAAACAGACAGGGAGAGAGACGCGGCGAGAGGGUGAUGACGAGACUAGCGGGUCGACCUCCGCUGGUCGCAGAGGAGAGAAGAGAGACUUCCACCGGCGGUAGUAGCAACCCGGCUAGUACACCCCGCGCGCGCGCGCGCGCGCGCUGCUGCAGGUGUUGCAUCCCGAGAGAAAAGCCCAUCCCGGUGUGAGUGUGAGUGCGUGAGUGCCCUCCUCCUCCCCCCGAGUCUCCCACAGUCCCCUUCGCUUGACAGUUGGAGUGCGUGCGAGGUAGAGAAUCACGUCCUUCGACGCCACCAGCAACGCGACAUUCCGUUGCCACGUUGCCCGUCCCGGUGUUCGCCCGCGGUGUUCGCAUCGACUCCCUCGAGGGACUCCGGGCGAGGGUGAGAGAGAGAGAGAGAGAGAGAGGGAGAGAGGGAGAGAGGGGAGAGAGAGAGAGAGAGAGAGAGAGAGACCCGACCUCGCCCACCGUCGGCUCGUCAGCACCAGCUGGAACAUCUUCCGACUGUGUGUCACGGCGCUCCAUGUGCAUCCUCUGCGAGGAGGAGGAGGGAGGAGGUGGUGGUAGCUGUGACCGGGCCCGGUCGGUCGGCCUCGUAGAGAAGGUGUACGCGGCGGAGAAGAAGAUGCGGUGGUAGAUUGUAAACGGCAAGGCAAGUCAAGGAAGAGAAAAAGGAAGAAAAAUGUGCGGAGACGGUGCGCGUUUAGAGGACGAUGAGGACCGUUACACCGGCGUGAUGCCGCAACGGCCAGACACCUGCAACGAGGACUCCUACCUGAGAUCGGGCAGGCCGUCUAGUUUAUUCCGGACAAGUUUCAGCUGUGCACGACUCGAGACGCUCUACCGUGCCUCCUCGCUCCAACAACGUCGCGGCGGCCUCCAGUGCUUCCUGAUGUCGGCGAUUCUCUACGCCGUCUACACGGUGGCGUCUCCCGACCCGGGGUUACCGUCGCGCAGCAUCACCGCGGUGUUCCUCGGCCUGAACCUCGGCCUGCUUGCCUGGGCCAAGCACGGCGCGAGGAAGAAGGACACGCAGUCAGCGUGGACGUGGAAGGCGGUGCCGUACUUCGUGUGGCAGCUGUGCACCGCGGAGCUGCUCCUUCAGCUGUUCGUCAAGAACACCGACAUCACGCCGAGAGACGGCCUAGGCUGGCUGCUGCUGUUCCUCUACCUGCUGUUCGCCACUCUACCACUCAGGCUGUCCCACUGCGUGUUGCUCGCGUGCGUCACCGCGCUCACGUAUAUCUUCGUCGUAGUCUGCCUCUCCAAGAGACCGGAUCAGAUACCCUACGAUAUUCUGAUCCUGACGGUGACACUCUCGGCCGGCGCCGCUAUUUUGGGUGCUUCCAGCUACUGCCUGGCAGAGUUCCAGCAGCGUCGGGAGUUCCUGGAGACCAGACAGAGUCUGGAGGCGCAGCUAAUGUUCGAGGAACAGAGCGCGGAGCAGGAACGACUGCUGCUCAGUGUCCUGCCGGAGCACGUCGCGGUAAAGAUGCGGCAGGACCUCGGCGCCUCCCUCGACACGCAGUUCAAGAAGAUCUACAUGUCCAGGCACGAGAACGUGUCGAUACUUUACGCCGACAUAGUCGGCUUCACCGCGAUCUCGUCGACCUACAGCGCCAGCGAACUGGUCAAGAUACUCAACGAGCUUUUUGCGCGAUUCGAUCAGCUCAGCGAAAGAUACGAGCAAUUGCGCAUCAAGAUCCUGGGGGACUGUUACUACUGUAUAAGUGGUGCACCCGUCGAAAGGCCAGACCACGCGGUCCUCUGCGUAUAUAUGGGGCUGUCCAUGGUGGAGGCGAUCAAGUACGUUCAACAGACGACAAACAGUCCGGUUGACAUGAGGGUGGGCAUUCACACGGGUGCGGUGCUCGCCGGGGUGCUCGGACAGAGACAGUGGCAAUUCGACGUCUACAGCAAGGACGUCGAGCUGGCGAAUAAGAUGGAGAGCAGCGGGAUGGCCGGGAGGGUACACAUCUCGAACGCGACGCUGAGCUUCCUAAACGGAGAAUUCGAGGUCGAGCCGGCGCAUGGCGAGCAUCGGGAAGAGGCACUCCAAAAAGCUGGCCUUGUCACUUACUUUAUAGUGAGAGCCUUGAAGCCAUUUAAGCCGGCGGUAACGAAGAGCCUGGCGUCACUGGUGGACGCGGAAAAUUCGCGAAAGACAAUGGAAAAUGCGCCGGAUAGCGGGAACAACAAAGAGGACUCGGAGGAGUUUCGACAACAGCUGAGAAAGAAACUCGACAGAGGUGGUGGCACCGACCUGAAAUGUCACUCCUCCUGGUUGACCCUGCGGUUCAAGGAUCCGAAAGUGGAGACGGCCUUUCACAGCGCCGAGGAGGCCUUCUCACCUCUCUCGCUGUUCGGCGGACCUCUGAUAACCCUGUGCGCGGCUCCGGUCUGGAGGUUUCAACCCUGGGGACCGUUCACGUGGGGUGGCGCCGGGGUGGUCGCCCUGUUCGGUCUCGUGUUGGCUGGAGCGACCUGCCUGGGCAGCGCCGUCAGGGCGACCUGGCUGAGGAAAACCCUCGCGAUCCUGAUGGCAUUCUCCCUCAUAGAAUUCCUGCUGUUGGACAUGAGUAACUGUGCGAUCAUCACCGACGUCGAGCCACCGAGCAACUCCUCGGUAAACUGGCCAACUCUACGUUGCCCGUAUCCCUCUUACUACUCGUACAUCGGCGUCCUCGCGCUGGUCGCGGUCUCGAUGCCGACGUAUCUCUGUUACUUGUACAAGGCGUUCCUCAUGUAUAUUCUCGCCGGUGGGCAAUGUUGCUACAACAUCCUGUUCCUCGCACCGACCAUCGACAGGGAGGACGUGAUGUCGAGCCCACAUGGAAAGGAACCUCGUUUCCCGCUGAAAUACUCGCUGUCAGCCGUUCUGCUCAUCAUCGCGACCGCGUUGGUCAUCGUGGCGAGAUACGCUGAGAAGGCGCGAAGGAUGCUGUACCUGAGAGGACGCGAGGUGAUCGCGCAGAAGGAGCGAGCGGCGGACAUGAAGCGGAGGAACGGCGUGCUGAUAUACAACAUCCUGCCGCCGCACGUGGCCGUGCAUUUUCUGUCGAGUGCGAGGCAUCACGAUGAUCUCUACAGUCAGAGCUACGCUGAAGUCGGUGUGCUGUUCGCCAGUAUACCGAAUUUCGCGGACUUCUACACGGAGGAGACCAUCAACAAUCAAGGUCUCGAGUGCCUGAGGUUUCUGAACGAGGUCAUCUCGGACUUUGACGCCAUUCUUGAUCAGAAUAAAUUCAAGGAUACCAUCAUCAAAAUCAAGACGAUAGGAUCGACCUACAUGGCCGCCUCAGGCAUCACCGAGUCGGUGGAGACGGAAGACGGUCCCCGAUGGGGUCAUCUGUCCACUCUCGUGGAGUUCGCCCUGGAGCUUAAGAAAGCCCUGUCGGGCAUCAACGAGCAAAGCUUCAAUCACUUCGUCCUGAAAAUGGGCAUCAAUCACGGGCCGGUGACCGCCGGGGUCAUCGGGGCGAGAAAGCCUCACUACGAUAUCUGGGGCAACACCGUGAACGUAGCUUCGAGGAUGGAGAGCACGGGAAAAGUCGGCUGCAUACAGGUGACCGACGAAACGCGACGGAUCCUGGAGCCGUUCGGCUUCGGCUUCGAGCAACGAGGUCUCGUCGACGUGAAGGGCAAGGGACAGCUGUUGACGCACUACCUUAUAUCCAAAGACGGUGUGUCUCUGGACCUCGAUAGCGAUCUUCCCGUCGAGCCUACUCAUCCUAUAAUCUAUCAGUAAUCAGUACUCGAAGGCUCUAAUUCGUGAACGAGAAAAGCUACCACCUCUCUUUCGAGAGAGAGAGAGAGAGAGAGAGAGAGAGAGUGAGAGGGGGGAGAGGGUCUCAGACCGAAGGUCAGAUUCCUUCUGCUCCUUCCUCGGGUCGCUUGAUCGGCGACAGACGAGAAGAAAUGGAAGCUGACGAAGCUGAUCGUUUCUGUAGCACCGAACGGUUUUCCUUCAAGAGCGUUCGGCAAACUACACGUAAUGUCAUAGAGAGCUCUCUAAAUGUGUUAGCAUCUCCUCGUGUCUCGGAGGGAGGGAACAGCACGCGAAGGAAGAAGCGAAAGAAGCGUUUGAGCGAACGAACGAAUCGGGCAGGAUUGACUGUUAGACUAGAUAGAUCGUUCGUGACUGUCAUCCUCGAGUGUCAUCGUACGUUGCUAAAUAAAGUAAGUCAUCAUUGACGAAUCGAUCGACUAAAAAGCGAAGAGAGAAGAAACACACAGCCGCCGCUAACUGUUCACCGUUUACGUCUAGUAAUGUUUAUACGCGCAAACUCGCGUAAGAGAACCGCCACGUUCUCUCUCUCUCUCUCUCUCUCUC